GUAUGGUCCCAAAAUGCCUCUCGCAGUGGAUUGCACCGCUGAACUGAUUCGUUGCAAGGUCCUGGAUUCAUCUGGCAAAUUGAAGUCACACGAGCUCAUCCUCUCUUAUGGGCUGGCUCUUGUAAGGUUUGUCAACUUGAUCACAGAAAGGAAACAGAAAAUGGUCAGCAUUCCUCUGAGACAAUUAGCCAGAGAGGUGGAUAUCCCCAUCUGGGUUGUGGAUCUCCGUCACGAGCUGACCCACGGGAAGCUGCCGCGGCUGGCUCUGUGCCGCAAGGGUUGUGAUGUUGUGCUAGACUGGCUACGAAAGACGUAUUGGAGCCGUCAGCUGGGCAACAACUUGUGUGAAGAAAGUGAGGAGGAGGAAGAUGAGGAAGAGGAGCAGGAAGGCGUGGAAGCAAAUGCAGAGUUGGACAAUGAUGCAUGGGAGAUUCGAACUCCACAGCAUGAGGCCUUGCAGAAACACAAGGAAUUCCAUGAAAAAGUCAGAGAUGUGCUGAUAUCCUACAAGAAUGAGCAGUUUCGGGUUAUGCAGACUGCGCAGUCUGUUUCAAAGUCUCGAGAACUGUGGUCUGAUUCCUCUUCAGAAGUGGACUGGAUUUUGGCUCAGAUCAAAGACCUGAUGCAAGAGAACAGGUACAUUUCUGAGGUGAAAG